AUGUCGUCUCUCCCCAAGACAUACAAGGCCGCCGUGCUCAAGGCCCACGGCGCCGAUCUCGAGCUCCAAGAUCUCCCUCUGGUGCUGCCAACCAAGGGCCAGAUUCUCGUCAAGGUGCUCGCCUGUGGUAUCUGCCACUCGGAUGCCUGGCUCCAGGAGUCGGCGCCCGUCACGUUUCCCGCUGUUCCCGGCCACGAGAUUGUCGGCGACGUCGUGGCCAUCGGCGAGGAUGUGACGCUGUUCAAGGAGGGCGACCGCGUGGGCAGUGGAUGGCACGGAGGCCACGACGGCACCUGCCGCACGUGCCAGCGCGGGCACUUUCAGAACUGCGAGAGCCAGGCGGUCAACGGGCUCAACAAGAGCGGCGGCUACGCCGAGUACGUGAUCCUGCGGGCCGAGGCGGCGGCGCGGGUCCCGCGGGACAUGGACGUGGCCACAGUAGCGCCGCUGUUCUGCGCCGGCGUGACCGUGUUCAACGCCAUCCGCAAGAUGCAUGUUGAGCAAGGCACGCUGGUGGCGGUGCAGGGGCUGGGCGGGCUGGGCCACCUGGCGGUGCAGUUCUGCCGCACCAUGGGCUACAAGACCAUCGCCGUGUCGCGCGGCACCGACAAGCGCGACUUUGCCUUCGAGCUCGGCGCCCACGGCUACAUCGACACCAACCUCGAGGACCCGGCGGCGGCGCUGCAGAAGCUCGGCGGCGCUGCUAUGAUCGUGUCGACGGCGCCCCACGGCCCGUCUAUGACCAAGCUGCUGCCCGGCUUGCAGCCUUACGGCAAGCUGGUCGUGCUGGCCCCCGUCGGCAACGUCGAGUUCGACACCACUGCCAUCGCUGUCCAGGGCCUGCAGGUCGUCGGCUGGCCGUCGGGCAUCGCGCUCGACUGCGAGGAGACGCUCGACUUUGUCAAGACGCACGGCGUCAAGUGCAUGGUGCAGACGUUUCCCCUGGCCGACUUCCACAACGCCUUUGAGGGGAUGAAGGCCGGCACGCCGCGCUUCAGGAACGUCCUUGUCAUGUAA